GCCACAACUAAUCAAUAUCAGUCAGGUGGGCGAGCUGCCAGUUUCAAGGUCGUGCCAUCGAUUUUAGGUUAAGAACUGUCAAAAAAUAAACGAAAUAGGACACCAGGGUUUCAAAAAUUAUAAACAAUGACGACGAAAACAAAAUGUAAAGUGGACUGUGAUGGCAGCGUCUGCCUCCGCGAUAUCUUGAACUCGUUCAACUCUUCAGUGAAAGAAGAACACGCCUGGGCCUUGUGCUACCAGCUGGCCAGGCACCUGAACGAAGUCUGUGAGGCCCCGAACAGUGACUGUCGUCUGAUAGCUGAGACCCAGUACGUCUUCCUGAAGACUGACGGCAAUGUGCAUGAGAAAACAACAGCUCCGAGUGAACAGUCUCCAGGAAAAACUCUCCGGAGUCAAAAAGAAAUUGUUGCUGGCAUAGGGCUUGUAAUCUAUGCCACACUUGAUCCAGAAAUGAGAACUGGCGAAGAAGUGGUGAUUAGCAAUGAUCUGGAACAGCUAAUCAGUGAUAUGAUUACAGAUCAGAGUACCAGUGCAGAUCAUAGUCAUCAUGAGACUGAUGAUGAAGGUAUUGAGAGAGAUUCAGAAGAAGCAGAUGAAGCUGUAGGUCCAUCACAAACCUCAACAAGUGUCACUUUACAAGAAGUGAUCAAAAGAUGUGAAGAUCAUUUGGGUACCCUAACCAAGCAACAAGCUGAAGCUCACUACAAAGCAGUGGUUAGAGCCUUAGUUGCAGAGGCUCUGGAACUUGCCAUGUUUUUGGAAAAAGUAGCACAAGGAACUAUCAGUCUGCCUACAAACACUGCCAAUCCCAAGUUGGAACAGUUGCAGUUUUCUGAUUGGGCCAGAUUCUGGGUACAAGUCAUGGGUGAACUAAGAACUGGUGUCAAAUUGAAGAAAGUCAACUUUAGCAAAGCUCCAAUUGAAUAUGAGUUGACUCCGUAUGAGAUUUUGAUGAAGGAUAUUAGAAACUGCAGGUAUAAUCUUCGUAAGAUAAUGGUGAGAGGAGAUGUACCGUCAAGGGUGACCAAAGAUGCGCAUGCCAUCAUUCUGGAGUUCAUCCGUUCACGACCUCCGUUGAAGAAAGUGAGCGAUAGGAAGCUUCCACCGCAACCACGACAGUUAACACCUAGGGAGCAAUUGUUGAACUCGAUCAGAAAGGGUAGAAAACUUAGACCGGUACCAGUUCCAAGGAGUUCCCGUUCUGUGGUAUCGCCGAUGCCGAUCAACGCGACCGCCGUCACCGACACCUCCCCUCCAAAACCGGCGGUACGCAAACUGAUCAAAGUGGACUUCAGCCAGUUGGACGCAGACGACGACGACGACGAUGACCUAGACAUGUUCGACCAAUUGGAGACGCCAGAAACGUCGCUGGAGCCCGGGUUGUGGGCGGGAGAGUGUGGACCUGCGUCUAUCAGUGAUUCCGUGCUGGAACCGUACGAUUUGGCAACGCCGGAGAUAGGUGGAAGGGAUUUAAGGAGGAGGAGCACGCUGGAGGUGCUCGACGCCAAUAUAGGCUGUUACUCAGUACCGCAGUCGAGGCCGGGAUCACGACAAUCGUGCAACAGUUCCGAAACGGAGUCUGUGCAACUAGAAGCUGAUGUAGCCAAACAAAUUCAAGACGAGCUAACUUGCUCUCAAACAUGGCAGGAUUCGAUAUCUUUGGAUGACAGGUUGUCGUUGACUCUUUCGGAAAUCGUGCAUAUACGUACGGUUUUGACUAAGGCGGAGCUGGAAGCGCUACCAGUUGAAGGUCGCGUCCGUCACGAUGUCGAAUCCCGCAAGGUGUGCUUCCUCUGUUUGAAGACCCGUUUCGGCAUUUUCGGGCCAUGGGGCCGCCGCUGCUCGCUGUGUCGUCGCACCGUAUGCGCCCGUUGCUGUCGCCGGGCCUCUGUGCCGCCUGAACAAUUCGCCGCUGUCCCGGUCGCGCUGCUCAGCCCCAGCGUGCUGGGAACGCCCGAAGGGGAGGAGCCGGGAAGGCGGACGCCGUCCGGAAGUGCGGGAGGGGCUGGUACGCCGGUAGGCGGAGCGAAGACGCCGGUGGGCGGGGCUAGCCCAGCGGAUAGUAGGCCGGGAUCGGCGAUGGACGGCAGUACGACGUCGAUCGGAAGCGAUACUCAGCCGAGGUUCCGUACAAAAGCAACAGCGGUAGGUAGGGCCGCGCGAGCUGUCGAUCGCAUGAAAGGCGCCCAGCAGAUGGUGGUCUGUCACGAUUGCCGUCUGAUGGUGUUGCAAAUCAUCGAGUCAGCCAGGGCCAGCAGGGCCGCUGUCAGAAAUAAAACCAUACAGAAUUUGACGCUUAAUCUAUCGCCGGUGUUCUAAACUCAUGUUUAACUAUAAGACAUGUAACCGAUGUAUGAUAGAAGUCAUGAAUGUCAGGAACAUACAAAAAUUUCUUAUUUCUCACUCUGAAAAAUCUUCUCAUUCUAAUACCGCAUAUAAUAAUCAUUCAGAUGUAGAUUGCUUUAAAGUUUUCGAAUUCUUGCUCAGGCCAUUGUAGUAUUGAUCUGUGUUGAGCAGAAAUGUGGUAUCCCUAGUUUUUAGAUGUGCUGCCAGCUCUAAAGGAAAGGUUCUAGAGUUCGUAAUGCUGUGCAACAAUAUUUUUGUAGCUGAAGUUAAUAAUUUACAAGACAGUCUCCAGUAGACAGGACUUGCAAUUGCAUCAGAAAUACAUUUCUGGAAAAAGUGUUUUUUAUCAUUAAACUUUUGUACGAAACUAUUUCUUUGCGCGUUUAUGGUUUUAAGAUGGUGUAUAGUGUACAUAUAUUAAUUCUUGAAUUUUUUUUACCUAAGUCAUCCACUUUAACCCUGUAUUUCUUUCAUGCAAAAUUAUCAGAGGCAAAGUUCUUAAUUUUUCAUUAAUCUCUUUUUAGUUAUUCGAGGUUUGUCCAGAAAAUACGUAUAACAGUGAAAUAAUGACUUUAUUUUACAAUUGUUCAGGUAUUUCAAUAUCGUCUCCUCCUCUGGGCCAAGAUGCAUUUCUGCCAACGCCGUUUUCACUGUUGACACGAUCGCUGAAAGUCUUCAAUUGUGAGGCUCUUCAUUGGCCGGGUCGUUUCUGCCUUGAUGGCCUCCGCAACCCCCAAGCGUCGCCCCCGAAGCAUCAUUUUGCAUUUUGGGAACAGAAAGAAGUCGCAAGAGGCUAAGUCGGGUGAAUAAGUCAGGCAAAAAGUCACGCACAACGAGACGCGUGAGCGGGUUGUCGUGAUGAAAGAUCCACCUGCCCCCUUGUACCAAAUCCGGUCGGGCCACAAGAGCUCUGAGACGACGUAGAAAUUUCCGCUCACUGUCUGGCCGGGAGGGACAAAUUCCUGCUGAACAAUGCCCCGAGAAUCUAAGAAAACAAUCAACAUUGUUUUCACAAUCGGUUCCCCUGCUUGCUUCCACUCCAUGCAUUGAGAUUUCAGCUCCACAUCGAAUUCGUAGAACCGCGUCUCCAACCAAUCCUCACAGCAAUCAACUCUCCUUGCUUUCUGUUCUGGAGUUAAGAACUUCGGAAUGGUUCACGCGCACAAUUUUUCCAUUUCAAGUUUUUCUGUCAGAAUUUCGUAGACGACUGUUUUGGGGAUUGACAGUCGUUCAGCUAUCAUUCUAACUGUCAAUUGACGGUCUUUAAGAUUGCAUAGGAAGAUGCAACCACCGGGCCACCCCUCCACAACGCCUUGACACGAGACUCCGAACUUUUUAUUCGUAUUUUCCGGAAAUCUUGGUAGAAGUAGUAUUUACAAAUAUGGCUCAGAAUGGAUCUUGAAACAUGUGAAUCGUCUUUAAUAGUCUUAUAAAAUAUGGCAUCAAUUCAUAUCAAAAUUUUGAAUAAAACUAUGUACUUUCUUGUGAACUCCAAUUUAUGGGAAUUUAUAUCACGUGACAUAUGUUUCUGACAUUUAUGCUAUCAAACAUCUUCCUAUGAAAGGCGACUUUUUAAAUACUAAAUCAGUAGACGUAGUUUCGUUAUGUCCCUCCGUAUGGGAGACAUUCAUGUCAGAAGAAGUGAAAUAGAUGCUCAAGAAGAAUCAAUCGAGUAUAGCUGGUAUCGGAAAAAUGUACACGAGCAUAUGACCACAUUGGAAUAAACGCACGCUUGUCAAACCGUUUGGUUAUUUAACUGUGAAACAUGAGUUAAGAUAUUUGACUUGUUUUGCUUUUCCCCUUGAAACUGCCACUCUUUAGUAGCGUUUUCUAAGAAAGCACCCGGGCAGCACUAGUGUCCACAGUUUGAGAAGUAUGGCUUCAACUUUUGGAGUCAUUCAUCAUUUGUUCCAUUCUAUGAAUUCACUCCCCCAUCGAAACUGUUUCUACCACAUUUUUUUUGUGUAAUAUGAUGGUGCAGCAUCCCCAUCGACGGCAACUAUUACCCCUUAAAUUGUUUUCGGCUGAUGCCCUCUUUUGUCAGAAAUUUUAUGUUACUGCGACACCCUAAUUUUGAGUUACCAAUUUUUCCUCACAAUUCACUUUAUAGAUGAGAAACUGUUUAUCAAAUUUAACUCAAAUUUCGCAAGUGACGCAUUAUGCUUGUGCUUUCAUGGUUAGGUAGACUUCUUUUUUAUUGCCCCUCGUAUAAACACAGUCGCACUUAACAUUCUUACCUCACGUUCGUCAUUUAUCUGGAAUUGAAAAUAAGCAUUAAAAUACGAGGGUUGUCUUAAAAAUAUGGUACCCACAUUUUUUCAGGCACAAGGAAUUUUUUAUCUGAAAAAACGAACUUACCAUUGGAAACGUUGAUCUUUCAGUUAUUUUUCUAUAUAGUCUCCAUUUUUCUACGAUUUUUUUGUUUGGGCUCUCUUGUUUUGUAUAUCCCAGCCAUGUCCCUCAUGUUUUAGUGUAGGUUGAAUAUGUCAAUAUCUUUGAGAUUUCUGCAGCUGAUGCACAUGCUGAACAGUCCGAAUUUUCGUGAGAAACUAUGUCCUAUGCAGUGCUGCCCGAGUAUGCUUAAAAAGGUUCGCUGCAAGUUUCGCUAUCUGAACAGAGUGUUCUCAAUGUCUGUUUGUAACACAAGCUUCUUCUGACUUUGGUAUAUUAUGUCACUGUUUGAUGUGAUUUCGCUAUCUGAAUUUAAAACGUAAUGUUAAGGUACCUUUGUGACCCUUCAUGUAGUGAUAAAUGACCCCAAAGAAUAAAAGUAUAUGAAUCGAUAUAAACCGUAGCAAGAUUUAAGAUAUUUCUAUAAAUAUAUAUUCACACCAUAGUUGAAAUAUUUAAAUCACCAGCUGUUUUCAUGUUAAAAUUCUUCCAACUAGCGAGAUUUUUUCUAUUGGUAGAAGUAUGGAAAAAGGUAUUUUUUGUGAUAUGUGUAUAUAGAUUUUCCAAUUUUAUUUUAGCGAUCUAACUAUAUUAUAUUGCAUUUUAGUAGUUUAUUAGGUGAUAAAUGUGAUUUAUAAUUCAGAUUAAUGCUGAAAGUUUCCUUUUUAUCAUAAUCAGGAUGAUUAGAGAAUUAUACUCUCAUUUUUAAAUAUAAUUAUACGAUAAUUUGGAAUGAGGAAAAUCAAAGUUGAUAAAUUGUUGGAUCAACUUUUUGCGUCUUAUCAAAAUAAUAUUUCCUUAAUAGACACAUUGUUGAAAAAUAAUCAUCUUGUACGAAGGUGGUCUGAAAAGUUUCCGACCUAAAAAAGAUACAAGACAUUUUUUCAGAUUUUUCAACAAUCUCCUUGUAACUUUACACACUUCUCUUAGCGAUGCUCCCAUCUCUGCAACUCCAAAUAGUAGUAAUAAAAUAAUUGUUCACAAAGGUGAUUGCCUCUUCGCGAAGUCGCUUGGGGCUAGAUCUGGUGAGUAAGGCGGAUUGGUCAUUCAGUUCAAAACGUUAUUUUUCUGCAAAUGUUGCCGUUUUUCCGCAACCUCUGCCUUUAGCGUGUCAAGUAAUGAUGCGUAGUAUGCUCCUGUAAUGGUUUUUUCUUUUUGAAGAUAAUCGAUUAAAAUAAUUCCAUGACUAUCCCAAAAAACAACGAAAUUCACUAGCUUUUAUCUAUCAGUGCUUCACGUUGAGGUAGAAAACUAUUCAGACUACCGUCGCAUAGUAGACAAAUUAUUUUCUAGGCUUUAAAACUUGUUCAUAACUUUUAUUUACAUAUAGAAUAAUAUAGGGAAAUUUCACUUUACUUGAAAUUUUUGAUAUGUUUGCAAAGUGCCUGUAAGACAGAUUAUACAAUUCAUCUAUUAAGCUAUUUUUUGUUCUCAUCGACGCGGAUGCUUGAAAUUAUGAAUACAUCUUUUGUAUUUGUGUAUUGUGUCGUUUCUAUUUGCCAUAUAAAUAUGGGCGAUUAUCAACUUGACCUGUUGUAAAUUGAAAAAAGAAGGCUUUGUACCAGCUUGGUGUCUUCUCGCUAAAAAUGAAUCCUACUUUUCUACCAGCUUGGUGCACAGUUUGUGGAGUUUUAUUAAAUUGUGAAAAAUAAUAUGGAGUGUUGGUUAAUGUUGAUCGUGAAUUUUUAUCUCUAGUUGGCAACUUAGGACUUUCCAUAUCCGUAUAUACAGUGUUAUUUUUAACUAAACGGAGCUCUGUCAAAAUAGAAAAUAAUCAAAUAAUAUUUUCUGCAUACACUGACACUCAGCGGCUGAAGCAAGGCGCUCUGUAGGAUAUGCUUUAUCUCGGAUUCUGAAUGUUAUCUAGACGGACUGACAAUCAAGAUGGCCUGCCAUACCAAGCUUUGCAUCAGACACCGAUUGGUAGUGAAUGUAAACGUUCACACAAAUCAGUCAAUUUGUGUAUGGCGAAUGGCACACGAUCAGUAUUUACUGUGGGCCGUACCAUCAGUAUUUACCGAACAUUCAGACACACAGUGGUGAAGAAUAUCAACAACCUGGUAAAAAUUACAAUUUCUACAAUGUUUUUUAAUCGCUGAUUUCAAAUCUGCGUUUGUUUUGUUUCUAACAGCGCAUUUGAAGGUCACUUCAAGGUCAUAUCCUGGUCACUUUCAAAAUCAGUCGCGCUUUUGAGCGUAACCAAACGUGGUUUAGGGAUUUCUGCUGACUGAGUCUGAAUCAGGAGUCAAUAAGAGAUUUAUAGACUUUCCUUGAGGCUUCCGUGGAAAAUGUGAAACAAUGACUCUUCCUUGAGGAACGUUCAAGGGAGGAGUUAAACUCUCAUUUCACAGUAGGCUGUAACAGUUGUCAUUGACGUCAAAUAAAUUUUCUUUGGUGUCUGUAGCUAUGUAGCAUUUUGAUUAUAAAUUUAGAACGAUUUGGUUUAUUUGUGCUAAAUAUUAAUAAUGUAAAAUAAUAAUGUUUGCUUCCUCGAAUUACAGCACAAUCACAGAGGACUAAAAAACUGAAUAUAGGCAACCAGUUGCACCGAACUGCUCUACAGCUGCUAUCUGUUUUUAUGUUCAAUUAUACCUUUAAAUUUGUCUACUAUCUCGAUCAUAUGCAUAUUUUUGCUAAACUUCUUUUUUUUUCAUAGUCGCGCAUUAUAAAUUAUAAUAAAAAACUUCGGUAUAAAAUAUGCUUUUUUGUGAAAUACUGUUUUUUCACUUCCCCGCGAUUGCACUGUAAUUCGGGGAAGCUAACACUUUUUUAUAUUGCAUUAUUUAUUGAUAUUUAGCUUAGAUCAACCAAACUGUACCAGUUUUAUCAUCAAAAAUCUUUCUGGCGUCGUUGACAACUUGUGAUGUCAACUGUUACAUACUACUGUCAAAUGAAAAUGUAAAUUCUACUUUGAACGUCAAGGAAGCGUCAUUGUUUCACUGUUUCCAAGGAGAAAUGCAUUGUUUCCAAGGAAACAAGCCUCAAGGAAUGUCUAUAAAUCUGACUCUGUCACUAUGAGGGCCUUUGACGGUCAUUUCAAGGGCAAGUUCAAAAUAAAUAUCAUACGAGUUCAGACAAAAAAAGAGAAUGUAAAAAUAGAAAUCGGUUAAAUACAAUGUACAUGAAAACAAUGACUACUUCUGUUAUAUCGAUUGGAAUUUUAUUCUCUUUAUUGUGAUUCAUACUCCAAUGUUCGAAAUUUUUUAACGCACAACACAAUCACAAACUUCAAGUUUGAUGGUCUGCCAUUGCAAAAGUAGCCUAAACAAAGUUCUUUAACUUAUAAUUCGAAAUAGCUAAUGAAUUUCUUUCAUUUUCAUCACUUCGCCAAGUUUUCAAAUAAAUGGACACAUAUACCCUAUUUCACGAGUAUCCAUCAUGGUAGAAUGACAGCUGGUUAUCCAGUAAUACUUCAAAAUUCCCCAUAUCGGCACAGGACACAUAAUUCUGACGGUUGUUUUGGUUUUUUGUACGAUACAGAUUCAUUUUGUACUUGUUAACAGAUCUUUUAAUUAGAAAAGGUCAUUUGCAUACAAAAAACAAAACGCCCCAAACUAGUUUUACUAGACUUAUCCCCGAUUCAUUAUUGCAAACGUUGCAGGAUAACACAAAAGUAACUUGCUGAUCAGCUGUUCACCUCAGUAGACGUCAAAGCGUGAGAGAUUCUCGUGAAAUAGGGUAUAAGUGCGUCAUAGAUACCACAUUCCAUGAUAAAUACUGUAGGAUUACCGUCGAUAUUGAUCGUGUGACAUUCGUUUACGGUUCAUUUGUUGAAACAUUCAAGUUGCAUAUUUGUGUGAACAAACACGUUCAAAAUACGUACUAUGAAGUUUGAAAGCAAUUCAAAAUAAAUGAACAAUUAUAAAAUAUUAAUAUGGUUUGCGAGUUUUAAAAUUUUAUUUAUUUCAGUAUUAUUAUCCAUGCCAAAGAAGCUUUAUACGAUAUUUUGCUAUAUUUAUCUUUCAACACAAAAUACAUUAGAUAUUAUUUUUGAGUGAAACAUCCUCAACGAUUUUCAUGAUUUUGAAACAAGAUUUCCAAGUUAAUCUAGUAGACAGUAUUUAUUUUAUGCCAAAGAAAGUAUUUUAGUUCCUUAUAGAUUCCCAAAGCUGUAAAUAUAUAGAAUUUUACAAAAGCAAGUACAUAGUUAAUUCAUCUUAGUUUUUAGAUAUUUUAUUUUCAUUGAAAUAAUAUGUUAUGUUAAAACAGUAUAGGUAAAUUUUAUUUUGAUAACUGUACUCUAUGUGAGAAAUCUGAAUGUAUAUCAAAGGAAUAAUAAAG